GUGGUCAGUGGCAUUCGACUACAACAGACCGCUGAUACAACGCAUUAUGGAAGUAAAAUUGGCUGUGAAUGCAGGAAUGGCAUCUCCCACCAGCAUGUUAGCGGAGGAGCAGGUGCACUGUUCCAUCUGUCUGGAUGUGUUUACAAACCCCGUCUCUAUCCCUUGCGGACACAACUUCUGCAUGGCCUGCAUCGGCAGCUACUGGAAGUCCAGUGCCCUCUUCAUGUGUCCGAUGUGCAAAAAGACUUUCUUCAAACAGCCCGACAUCAGCAUCAACACAGUGCUGAGGGAAAUCGCUGAGAAGUUUAAGGAAAUGAAAACCAACCCAAUCAUGAACCAUCAGAAGACACCGCAACCGGACCUGGGAGAGAGCCCUGUGGAACUCCCCACAGAAAUGCCUGAACUGAUUCCUCCCAACAGGCCGUGGACACAGGAGGUGUCCUGCGACGUGUGCACUGGCCCUCAGCAACAGGCAGUCAAGUCCUGCUUGGUUUGUUUGACAUCUUACUGUGAGGAGCACUUAAAGACCCACACCUCCCGCUUCACCAAACACAAGCUGAUCGAACCUGUGCAGAACCUCGAGGAUCGUAUGUGUAAGAAGCACGAGAGGUUACUGGAGCUGUUCUGUAAGAAGGAUCAGACCAUAGUGUGUGUGCUGUGCACAGAGAUGGACCACAGGGCACACUACACUGUUCCUGUCGAACGAGAGUGGACCGAGAAAAAGGCAUUGUUGAGGAAAACUGAAACUGAAGUUCAGCAGAUGAUCCAGGAGCGACUGAAGAAAGUUGAUGAUAUUAAACAGUCCAUAGAGUUGAACAAGAGCAGCGCUCGGAGAGAAAUCGAGGACAGCAUGCAGGUGUUCUCGGAGCUGAUCCGUGCGGUCCAGAAGGCCCAGGCCGAACUGGUGCUGGACUUCGAGGAGAAACAGAGAAAGACCGAGAGCUGGGCUAACGGACAAAUACAAGAACUGGAGCAGGAAAUAGAUGUUCUGAAAUUGAGGAACACAGAGUUAGAGUAUCUCUCACACACUGAAGAUCACAUUCACUUCCUGCAGAACUUUCCAUCGUUAAUGUCUCAUCCACACACUAAAGACUGGUCUGAGACCUGUGUGUAUGCGGACCCGUGUGUGGGCACCACCAGAAGAGCGGUGCUCAAACUAGAGGAGACUCUUACUGAACAAUUAGAAAAACUUGCAGAAAAAGAGCUGAAAAGGGUUCAGAAGUACUCAGUGGACAUAACCUUUGACCCGGACACGGCAAACCCUUGGCUGCAGCUGUCCGAGGACGGCCGUCAGAUGCGCCACCUGGGCGCUUGGCAGGACCUGCCUGACACACCCGAGCGAUUCGAUACGGUGGUCAUCGUGCUCGGCCGAGAGGGACUGUCCUCGGGACGCCGUUACUGGGAGGUUCAGGUGGGCGAGAAGGACGACUGGUACAUCGGUGUGGCCCGGGCGUCCGUCAACAGAAAGGGCAGGAUUUCGGUGAGUACGUCUCACGGCUACUGGGCUCUAGCCAUGAAGAAAGGCCAAGAGUAUCGUGUUUCUUCCUCUCCACCCCUCCUGCUCUCCAUCGAGCCCAAGUUGAAGAGAGUGGGCAUCUAUGUGGACUACGAAGAGGGACAGGUGUCAUUCUACAACGUACACAACAAAAGUCACAUCUACACCUUUAUGGAUACGUUUAAAGAAAAACUCUUUCCGUUUUUCUACCUCUACUGCUGCGACAAGGCAUCUGACACCUUAAUGAUCUGUCCUGUGCAGGAGACGUCUCAUACUAAACAGUGCUGAACCAAAUGAGACAAACAAUGACUCUACUUGUGUUUCUAUAUGGUUACUCUGCGCAUUUGGGUUUUUUCAUAAAUAUUAAAUAUAUUAUUUCUGAAAAAAAAAAAAAAAAAAAAAAUAUAUAUAUAUAUAGUUGGUUUUAAUGCAUGGUCACACAAGAGGAAUGAUAACGAACAACCGAAGCAUACAAAACAGAAAAUUGAAAUAUACAUAUAUAGUGUAUAUGAAAUAUAAUAUAUAGAGAAAUAAAAUUAAAUAUACAUGCAAAUUAGUGCAUACAGAUAUUUCUACAAAAAAAAAAAAAAAAGGUAAUCUGUUUUAUGGCAUAGCCAGAUGAGGAAUUAUGAGAAGCAUACAAAACUAAUGAAUUAUAAUCCAUGUUUACACAAUUGUACUUGUAUGUGAAUGUUAAGUAAAACGUGAAGUAAACAUGUUUAUCGAGCAUGUAUUUAUUAGACCUGUUACAACAUUUUAAACUGCAAGUUUCACCAUUUUUUUGGUGUGUUACUGGAAAAUGGUUUUGGAUUACAUUUAGAAAAAACUGGUCAAAUGUCGAAGAUCAGAUUGAAAGUUGAAGAAUGAGCUUAAAAAAAAAUCUAUGAAAUUCUAAAUAGUGGAUGGUCAGUAUGGAUAUUGUACGCCGUGUGUCAGAAAAUAAAUACCUAAAUAUAGAGAGCAUAGUCAAGAUUUUAGAUCAAUGAUUUAUUAAAGUAUAAUAGGUUGUUCUUUGAACCUCAAAGAAUUUACUCAGUGGCACUUACCAUCUUUUGUUUCAAUACACCAAAUCCUGAAAAAACGAAAGAAUUGUCAUUGGUAAUUGUCCAAGAAUUUUUACACGUUUUAUUUAUCAAACUACUGCAUUUGACAUUUUGACCAGUAGGUGGUGCUGUCAUCAAACUUAUCAGGUUGUUGUGAUUCAGCGUCAUUUCUUGUUUGGCCUUGACACUGUAAGAGUUUCUUGUGUGUGUGUGUGUGUGUGUGUGUGUGUUUAAUGAUUUACAGCAAUAUAACAGUUUAUAGUAUCCUAUGGCGUAAGUCUGAGCAAUGCGAUUUUAGUGAUUGUUUAUGAUUAAGUCUGAGUGACAGACACGUUAACAGAUUAAUCUGUGAACUUUAAACUGAACUGACAAAGUAAAUGUGAUAAUUUUAUCAUGAUGUCGAACAUGACCCUGCACUCAUAAAAAUAAAGGUUGAAAAACCUUUAUUGAUUUAUAAAAAUGAAGAACUGAAAGGUUCUUUGGGGAACCAAAAACGGUUCUUCUCUGGCAUCACUGCAAAAACACCCAUUGGAACCUUUAUUUUUAAGAUUGUGAUGCAACUUCUACACAGAAUCCAUCAUUCCACUCCUGCGGCUGCCAGAAAAUAACUCUGUUGAUAGUGUCAAGGACCUGCUGACUUGUCGUUUCUCGAAGUUGUUUGCGUCUUGAAGUCUUUAGAAACACUCAAAUGCUGACAUUUCAAAUGCUUUCAUCUUAUGAACAACUGUCAGGAUUUUUUUUCCCCUCAGCAAAGUUUUAUCAAACCUGACACAGAUUUUUUUUUCUCUCUCUCUCAUUCAGAUAUCAAACUCAAGCAUGCAUUUUAAAAAGUGACUAAUGCAAGCAGUUAGAAAAAUAAAAGUAAUUAUUUUUAUGAGAACAUUCAGCACUCUUCUCUAGUAUC